UUGACUCGUGUUCCGCAUUGCUGUGAGGACCAAAGUACAGACGAGCUGCACGCAGGGUCGUCGGCUUGUAGCUCAGAGAUGUCUUCGCUUAAGUUCUGUGCGAAUAUUUCCUGGCUGUUCACGGAGCUUCCAGACUUUAGUCAGCGGAUCUAUGCGGCCGCCUCGGCUGGCUUUCAAGCCGUGGAGGCAGCCUGGCUCUACGAGUGUGACCUGAAGGAGCUGCAGAAUGCCAGAGGUGCUACAGGUGUUGAGGUGAUUCUUAUCAACACCCCGCCGGGAGAUGUUAAGUCUGGUGAUCUUGGUCUUGGAGCAGUACCAGGACGAGAGAAAGAAUUCAGAGAGGGUCUGGACCUGGCUUUAAAGUAUGCCAAAGCUUUGGAAUGCAAAAGGAUCCACUUGAUGGCUGGGAGGAUUCCUUCAGGCUCCAACAGAGCACUGGUUGCCAAGGACAUGGAAGCUGUUUUUGUACAGAACCUGACCUACGCUGCUGAUGUCCUCUCAAAGGAAGGAAUCUGUGGUAUGAUUGAACCAAUCAACACAAGAGUGACUGAUCCCAGGUAUUUUCUGGACUCUCCUCAUCAGGCUGCUGCAAUACUGGAGAAGGUUGGGAAGCCAAAUAUCAAGCUGCAGAUGGACAUCUUUCACUGGCAAAUAAUGGAUGGAAACCUCACACAAAACAUUGAAAAGUAUUUCCCAAUAAUCGGUCAUGUGCAGAUUGCUCAGGUUCCAGGCAGGAACGAGCCUGACACUGCUGGAGAGCUGAACUACAGUUACCUGUUCAACACAUUAAAACAACACGGCUACCAGGGAUAUAUUGGCUGUGAAUACAAACCAUCAGGCUCAACAAAGGAGGGUCUGGGCUGGAUCAAAGAUUACUGCUCAAAGUGAUGAGCACACGUGUGGUGUCCCGCUACAGAGGGGUGUCCUGUGUGCUGCCUGCAGGCCUGUCAUACUUUUUAACUUUGCUACACUAUUUUUUUACGGAAGAGGAUUAGGGCCACUGAAAUGAGUUUUCUGGGGGUUCUGAUUUUAUUUUAGGAUUCUGACUUUAAUCUCAGAAUUCUGAGAACAUUUUUGUAUUAAAUUGCACUUUGUAGUUGUGUCCUCUCUCUUUAAUAUGAAUAAAGUUUUUACUUGUUCGACAGGAA